AUGGAAUCAUUUGUAUAUUUUUUAAAUAAACAAUACAUCUAUCUAUUUGAUUCUGUUCAUAUCUAUCUAUCUAUCUAUCUAUCUAUUUUGGUGUUUUCACUAUCUAUCUAUCUAUCUAUCUAUCUAUCUAUCUAUCUAUCUUUUUCUUCUUGUUCUUGUUCUUCUCUCUCUCUCUCUCUCUUUAUCUAUCUAUCUAUCUAUUUCGGUGUUUUCACUAUAUAUCUAUCUAUCUAUCUAUCUAUCUUUUUCUUUAACUUCUUCUUCUUCUCUCUCUCUUUAUCUAUCUAUCUAUUUGAUUCUGUUCAUAUCUAUCUAUCUAUCUAUCUAUCUAUCUAUCUAUCUAUCUAUCUAGGUAUCUAUCUAUCUGUCUUUUUCUUCUUGUUCUUGCUCUUCUCUCUCUCUCUCUCUUUAUCUAUCUAUCUAUCUAUUUCGGUCUUUUCACUAUAUAUCUAUCUAUCUAUCUAUCUUUUUCUUUUACUUCUUCUUCUUCUCUCUCUCUUUCUAUCUAUCUAUCUAUCUAUCUAUCUAUCUAUCUAUUUGAUUCUGUUCAUAUCUAUCUAUCUAUCUAUCUAUCUAUCUAUUUCGGUGUUUUCACUAUCUACCUAUCAAUCUUUUUCUUCUUGUUCUUGUUCUUCUCUCUCUCUUUAUCUAUCUAUCUAUCUAUCUAUCUAUUUUGAUGUUUUCACUAUAUAUCUAUCACUGUCAGUCUUUUCGUCAAAUGAACUAAAUUUAAACUUAUUAAACUUUUCCUUCUUAUAUUAA